GCUGGGUUUUAGACGUGCGACCGUGUUAGAUAUCAGUGAGAUUUUGUUAAGGCUGUGUCGAACGGAAUCGAGCGUGAUUUGUGCUACUUCACGAACCUUCGUUUGCAAGCCUGUGUAACCAACAACCACGUGAUUCCUUAGAACAAAGAAACUAAUCCUUUUGGGCGAAAAGUUAUCAUUUGUCGAAAUGGUCCGCACUAACGUACUGGCUUCGGCCUUGAAUUCCAUCAACAAUGCUGAGAAACGCGGUAAGCGCCAGGUCUUGAUUCGGCCCUGCUCAAACGUUAUCAUCAAGUUUCUCACUGUCAUGAUGAAGAAGGGCUAUAUCGGCGAAUACGAGGUCGUCGAUGAUCAUCGAUCUGGAAAGAUCGUAGUUUUCCUAAACGGACGGAUCAAUAAAUGCGGUGUGAUCUCGCCUCGCUUUGAUGUGCCAAUCAGGGAUUACGAAAACUGGCUGUCGUCGCUGCUGCCGUCGCGUCAGUUCGGCUACGUAGUGAUGACUACAUCUGGCGGGGUCAUGGAUCAUGAGGAGGCCCGUAGGAAGAAGCUUGGAGGCAAGAUCUUGGGAUUCUUCUAUUAAAAAUAAAAGGCACACAUGUUAUAACGUGCAUAAUAAGGGCCCUAAA